AUGCAAAUUACCGAAAAAAUAUUACUUCUUAUUACAGCUGCAAUUACGACUAUAGCUGCUCUAUUUUGUGUGAUCUCUUUGAGUACGUCAGGAUGGCCCGCGAUAGGAUCAAUUGGUUUAUUCUGUAGGGGCUGUCCGUCAACUCCCGCUGGUCUCUCAAUAAUUGCUUUCAUUCUACUGAUUAUUGCAAUUGUUGUCCUGAUCCUCUUUGUACUUAAUGUUUUACCAAAAUUACUUCGUUCAGUCGCUUUUGGCGUUCUUUUUCUGGCGACUAUCUUUACGUUAUCAGCAUAUACAUCAUUUGUUGAUCCAGCGGUUGGCUAUUCAUUUAAAUUAAUGGUCACAGCACAUUUCUUCACUUACGUAGCGUCAUUUUUUACAGCGUUUUGGCUCGGUGGAUCGUAUGCGACAAGAGUCGUGACGCCAUAUAAUUCUUAG